AGCGCUUUCCUAGCAGUUUGUUGGCCGUAGCUGAUUUCCUUUCCACCUUGAUCGAAACAAAACCGAAGCACCCGGAUAAAACUCGUUGGAGUUCGUCGAACGCAGAGUUUUUAUGCCUAACCUUUUUGCUCCCCAUAAAACUUUUUUAUUCUUUCAAAAAAACAAAGACCGUAAAAAGCUGUCGUCGAGGCUGUCAUGUUGAACGCAGACGAAAGUUCGUGGUUAUUGGGCUUGCGGCUUCCAGGCUCCGUUCCUCCUCCCCCAGGGCCUCAGUGGUGCUCCGAUGCCCCUCACCCACAGCUGAAGAUCCCGGGUGGGCGAGGGACUUUCAGGGAUCACGCUCUUGACGACGUGCUUCUACAUAAGGAUGACAAGUUGACGGUGACUCAGGCAGCGAAGGUGAACGGGAACCCCUCGCCGCUGCGCUUCCGCUACCAGCUGAGCGAGCGCCGCUCGGCCUCUUGGGAUACGGUGCUGUCAGAAGGUAGCCUCUUCCUGGAGAUUCCUGCCGGGCCGCUGGCCGAGGGGAGCAAAGAAGGGCUCACCGCUUUGCUGGAGUUUGCAGAGGAGAAGCUGAAGGUGAACUCUGUCUUCCUGUGGUUCUGCAAAGGGCGAGAGGAUCGACUGUCCAUUGUCAAGACGUUCCACUACAUGGGCUUCGAGAUGGUGAAGCCGGGGAACCCCUCGGUUCCGGCCCGCCCCGACUUGGCCUUCAUGCUUUACUCUCUGGACGUCGCUAGCAGCUCGGACGAGGAGUGAGCCCACCUUGACAGCCCCUCCCCACCUGCCAUUUCCUAAUACCUUAAGGAUCAAGGCUCUUUUUUUUUUCCCCCUGUAAGACUGCGAAUCAAUUCGCUUGAAAGCAAGUUGUCACAUGCCAGCUUUUACCUGACCCCCCCCUUCCUGCUUCCUUUUUCUUGACACCAUCAAUGACAGAGCGUUGAGUAAGAAACAACUUUUUGAAGAUUUGUUAACACCCCCCCCAUCGCAUCGCGUUGUUUUCAAAGUAACUUUGGGACAACUUUGUGACGGCCACGUUGGGACAAAACAUCAUGUCGCCCUCCGCUUCAUCGACAGGGAUGUGAGUUUCAACCAACCUUUUAUUUAUUUUUUUCUUUACAAGUACUUAAAAGAAUUCCGUAAGGCGUCAGUCAUUCUGGUUCAUUUGAAUUUGUUGGCCAGUUCGAUUUAUCAACGUCAAGGGUCAGGGGUCAAUAUCCGAGAAGUCAUCAGAUGGUCGACAUCAAUAAAGGAUCGUGUGAGCCAAUGAAACUGUUACAAUGUCGGGUUUGGCUAUUGUCACGCCACUUUUUUGACUCCACUAAGUCAUUGGCCAGUCUUAAUUUAUCCACAUUUAAAAUUUCUAUAUAUUUUUUGUUGACAUCGGCGAGGCGCUCGCAGAAAACAUUUGUCGGUCUACUUGCAAGUAAGACCUGGUUACAUCUUUGUGGCCCCAUCUGUCUUCCCGACCCGUUUGUGCC